CUCAAGGUGAGGGAUCUCAGCCGUAUCUCUCCACGCGAGGGAUCUCCAUGCCCGAGGAGACUCAUGUCCCAGAUUUAAACCAGUACCAGGUAGAAUGUCCAGACAGUACAGGCGAGGGAUCUGAUCAGGGCAUACCUGAUGUAAAUUGGAACGAUGAGUACACCCAACCUGGCGACAAUGUUAACGCAGUAGAUACAAAUUUCUUCAGAGAGGACGUUAUUGGCCCAUCUUUUAUCCCCGAGGAGUCACAACAACCAUACGCCUACAAUUACGCAUCAGGUUCGCAACAAGGAUUACAGACUCCACCACCUAUGCAGGAGUCGCAGACACAGGAAGACCAACUGGAGUACGGUCGCGGUCUUCGUGUAACUCGACCACCUAAUCGCUUGGAGCUUUCCGGUCCAAAGGGAAGGCCAGCUGGCCGUCGUCGACUACAAUGAUUCAACUAUCCA